AGAAAUCGUCCUCAAUGGUCUGGAAUAGGAAGAAAUUUCUGUAACAUUUCCAAUAAGUUGUGUUUGAGAAAGAUAAGAGACGUGAUAUUAUAAAAGCAAGCAAAAACACUAUUGCUGCCUCACACUUCACAGGAGAAGCAAGAUGUGGCUUUUACUGCUUUUCAUAGGUGCCUCUUCAGCUUUUGCUGAAGCAACAGUUCAAAGAUUUGAUGGAGAAAAGGUUUACCGUGUUACACCCCGCAAUGAAGAUGAAGUACAUGCUCUCAAUUACUUAGCCAAUAUUAUGCAGAUUGAUUUUUGGUACCCAGAUUCGGCACUGCAUAUAGUCAAACAGAUGGAAGUAGAUUUCCAUGUCAGUGCUGCGCAGAGUAAAAUUGUUGAAAGACUCUUGAAACAGAAUGGCAUACCUUAUCAAAUAGUAUUUGACAACCUACAAGAAGACAUUGAAAAGCAGCUUGAUGGUGACAAGAACGAUGGGCAUAGCUAUGAAAAAUAUAACGAAUGGGACAAGAUUUCUGAUUGGACUGCCAGAAUUGCAAAAAGCAACCCAACAUUGGUUUCCCGUAUCCAGAUUGGAAAGACAUUUGAAAAUCGAUCCAUCUUCCUUCUUCAGAAUCGUUUCUGGAGAAAAAACCGUUCUAAUGCAUCCCGGAGUAACUGCAUUGGUGUUGACAUCAAUAGGAACUUUGAUGUUGCAUGGAGUACUGCUGAUUCUUCCAGAAAUCCCUGUGAAGAAACAUAUUGUGGCUCUGCACCAGAAUCUGAACCAGAAACUAAAGCAGUUGCCUCAUUCAUCCGCAGCCAUCUUUCUUCAAUCAAGGGCUACCUCACCAUGCAUUCCUACUCUCAGAUGAUAUUGUUCCCUUUUGGUUAUACCUAUGAGAAGACAGCAAAUUAUAAAGAAUUGAAUGAACUUGCAAAAAGAGCUGUCAAAGCUAUAGCCAGCCUGUAUGGUAAAGAGUAUAAUUAUGGAACAUCAGCAUCUACUAUCU